AUGGAAAAAGUUCUUCAGAAUCCUAGAAUGAAAAAUAUUGUGUCUAAGAACAAUAUUUUCAACGACGAUGCAUAUGAUUCCUCAACAUCUUCGAGUUCUUCAUGUUCGUCUUCAUCAUCAAGUAUCGCGACAGUAAAACAUAUAUCAUCAGCUCCACCGGUUGUUACUGAACCGGAGCCCGGUCCAUCAUCAGCUCUACAGGGAAAGGGAAAGAGAAAACAUGAUGAAAGCGAUACUAAGAGAAAACUGAAAAGUUCUAGUUUAGAUAUGUUGAGUAAAAGUCUCAUGAAAGAAGAUUUUCAUCAUCUCUCGAAUGAAUUCAGAAAUAAAGAACAGUUUAGAUUUAAUUACACAAAAAGGUGUAUAUCCAUAUGAUUAUAUUGUUUCGUGGUCAAAAUUUGAUCAAAAUCAUAUUGCAUCAAAAAACGAUUUUAUUUAAUAGUUAGACAUUCGAGCACAUAACUGAUGAUGAAUACAGGAGAAUUAUAAAAAUUUGGGAUUUGUUCAAUAUUCGUUCUCUCGGAGAGUACACAGAUCUGUAUCUCAAAAGUGAUGUACUAUUACUGUGUGAUAUCUUCGAAAAAUUUAGAAACACUUUUAUAUUAUUAUAAAUUAGAUCCUGUAUUUUAUGUUACAUCACCUGGUUUGAGUUGGGAUGCCAUGCUUUUACAUACUGGUGUGGUAUUAGGUUUAGUUAGUGAUAUUGAUAUUUAUCAAAUGUUAGAAAGAGGUAUUCGAGGCGGUUUGGCGAAAUGUUCUCUGAGAUAUGCUAAAGCCAAUAAUACAUAUCUAUCUGAUUAUGAUCCUUCUAAGAAGUCUAAUUUUUUAAUAUAUCUAGAUUUUAAUAAUUUGUAUGGCUAUGCAAUGAUGCAAAAAAUGCCAAUAAAAGAUUUUAGUUUCUUAUCUCUUCGAGAAGUUAACAAUUUCAAUGUAUUUAAUAUAUCCAAUGAUUCCGAUUAUGGUUAUAUAUUAGAGGUGGAUUUACUGUAUCCAGAUCACUUACAUCAAAGUCAUAGUGAUUUACCAUUUGCUCCAGAGAAAUUUGUCCCACCUGGUGGAAAAACAAAAAAAAAAUAUAGCAAGUCUGUAUAA